UUCCGCUGCGCUCGGCUCCCGCAGGCGCUCGGCCCCGCGGCCCUCGGCCUCUGCCCCGCCGGUUGGACAGGGAAAAGCCCAUGGCUGGGCCCACCACCCACGUUGCCCCCAUGCUGUUCCUCGCCCUCCUCCUGCUCCUGGAGCUGAGCCUGGCAGUCUCCCUGGGACCCGGAAGCCCUGCUCGGAACGUCCCGGAGAAUCACAUCGACCUCCCGGGCCCAGCACUGUGGGCGCCCCAGACCAGCCACCACCGCCGGCAGGGCCUGGGCAAGAAGGAGCGUGGCCCGGGCACACCUGGCCGGGCCCAGGAUGGGGCUGUGGUUGCCACCACCAGGCAGGCCUCCAGGCUGCCAGGGGCAGGGGGGCUGCUCCCUGGGCAGAGUCCUGCAGGCCUGCUGCAGGACAAGGGUCUGCUCCUGGGGCUGACCCUGCCCUACCCCGAGAAGCAGAGCCGCUCUCCAGGGUCAGAGAGGGUGAAGAAACGAGGCGGGGAACACAAGAGACCUAAGGAGAGGUUGAAACUGCACAGAGGCCGAGCCUUGGUCAGAGGUCCCAGCUCCCUGAUGAAGAAGGUGGAGCUCUCAGAAGACCAGGCCCCGGAUGCCGCGAUGGAGGAAUCCUCCACCAGCCUGGCCCCCACCAUACUCUACCUCACCACCUUUAAGGCAGCACCUGCCACAGAAGAGUCCCUGAUCCUGCCCGUCACAUCCCCGUGGCCCCAGGCUCAUCCCAGGCCUGACGGGGAGGUGAUGCCCACACUGGACAUGGCCCUGUUUGACUGGACCGAUUAUGAAGACUUAAAGCCUGAGGUCUGGCCGUCUGCGAAGAAGAAAGAGAAACACCGGGGCAAACUCUCCAGUGAUGGGAAUGAAACAUCACCGGCUGAAGGGGAGCCCUGCGACCAUCACCAGGACUGCCUGCCAGGGACCUGCUGCGACCUCCGGGAGCAUCUCUGCACGCCCCACAACCGAGGCCUGAACAACAAAUGCUUUGACGACUGCAUGUGUGUGGAAGGUCUGCGCUGCUACGUCAAAUUCCACCGGAACCGCAGGGUCACCCGGAGAAAGGGGCGCUGCGUGGAGCCCGAAACGGCCAACGGCGACCAGGGAUCUUUCAUCAACGUCUAGCGGGCCGCGUGAGGCGCCUCCCCACCGGCCAGGGGGCUGAGCGCGGGAGGUUUGGAGAAGCGGGCAGUUUGUUUAUAACUCGCGGUGGCAGAUCAAAUGGGGAGUCAGAUGACUGAGGCUGCAGGCUCAGACCCAGGACACUCAGCCCCAGGAGGGGAGCCCUGGGCGAACUGCCCCCGCCCAGGAGCCGGGCAGCAGCACACCUGCAGCCACCACCCGGCCAAUGGGAGACCCACACCGCCAGCGCAGCCCGGUGUCCGCGUUCUCCGCGAUGGCAAUGUCGAGAGCGCCCUCUACCGUCCGACCGCAGCACUGCAAUGGUUUCAAGUUUAAAAAGGAAGAGGUUUUCGAGCUGGAAAAGAAUGGAAACUCCCUGAGAGACAGGGGAACCCAAGGGCGGGAGACGAGUACGAAGCACCUCCUAUGUACCAGGCACUGUGCUAAAUGAGGGGCAUACAUAAUCUCAUGUAUCACAUGGCCCUUUAGGCAUAAUCACCAUUUUACAGGGAAGGAAACUGAGGCAAGGUUUUAUGACUUGUCCAGGGUCCCAGAUCAAUUCUCUUCAAACCUUCACCUGUGUAAGAAUCCCCAGGGAUCUGGUUAAAAUGCAGAUUCCAAUUCAGUCGAUUCUGCACGUCUAACAAGCUUCAGGGCAUGCCGAUGCUGCUGGACCCGAGACCCCACUGAAAGCACCAGGUCCUGGAGAGUCAAGGUGAAGCUGGCAUCUGAACCUGGGUCCGACCAGCUCCAAGGCCCACGUCUUUGCUCCUCCACAGCUAAGGACGCAUUUCAGGUUCUCCAUGGCUUU